AUGGGAAAGCUCUUUAUUGAAACUUCAGCCAAGCAGAAUGAUACAGAAGACUCUCAAGUUUGUGUUGCUCCAGAUCUUGACGCUUCCAGCCUUCCAAGUGCCCUCAGUGAUAUUCCCUGUGUACCUGUGCUAGUGAGAGAAAAAGAUAAUGAAUUGACUGAAACUUCAGCCAAGCAGAAUGAUACAGAAGACUGUCAAGUUUAUGUUGUUCCAGCUCUUAACUCUUCCAGCCUUCCAAGUAGCCUCAGUGAUAUUCCCUGUGUACCUGUGCUAGUGAGAGAAAAAGAUAAUGAAUUGAUUGAAACUUCAGCCAAGCAGAAUGAUACAGAAGACUGUCAAGUUUAUGUUGUUCCAGCUCUUAACUCUUCCAGCCUUCCAAGUAGCCUCAGUGAUAUUCGCUGUGUACCUGUGCUAGUGAGAGAAAAAGAUACUAGAUGGGCUGAAAACCAGAGAAGAUGGGCACCUGAAGAUUAUCAGGAGCCACCCUGGAGUGUGAACCAAACUGACCAGUGUCACAAAGUCUCUGAAUGUUACAAAGAUUCAGUAUCUACUUCUAUUUCUUCUAAUGAAAAACAUAAUGUUGAAAGCCUGAUAGAAUCCAAGUCAAGUUUUCAAAAGAUUCAUCACAGCACCAAUUCCAAGCAUUCUAGUACAAAUCAGACCUCAAGAGACUUACAUAGACAAAGUUCAAGAUCCUACGGCAGGCAAGAUUGUAGCUCAAGAUCUUCUGGCAAGAGAGACCCAUCCACUGAAAGACAGGACAGAAGUUCAAAAUUAUCCUGUAGGCGAGAGCAUAGUUCAGGAUCUUCCCACAAACAAGAAAACUCCCCUCAAAGAAAGAAGCAUAAAUCAAAAACUUCUUGCAGACAAGAACAGUCUUCUCAGAAAGAGGACUCUAGCCCAAAAACAUCUCUCAUGCAAGAACAUGGUGUGAAGGCAAUGUGCAAGCGAAAGCGUACUUCAAGAUCCCCUCCAAAAAGGAAACAAAAUUCAAGAUCUGAGAAGUUGGAUAGGUGGAAAGAAGUUGGGAAGUUGGGAAGAAGUUGUGGCUUCCAUUGCCAUUGCCAUUGCCAACAGAGCUGCAGUCCAUCCCGAGAGAGUUUGUGGCAGAGAUGUUGCUCUCCUCCUCGUUUAACUUGUAAAAUAAAACACCUCCAUGUUUCCAGAGAAAUAAGUAAUGUCUAUGGAAUGCCAUACCACUUUUCUCCAGAGAGAUCUAUUGCGAAUGAAAAGGAAAUAAGAGAGAGCAGACAAUUGGUGGAACCUAAGAUAAUUGAAAAGAAGAAAAAAGCAACAUCAAAGACUGGAAGGAAGGUUUUGAAGCCAUCAACCAAAAAGAAAGAAACAACCUCUUCUUGCCACCUUAACGCUGAAGAAGAAACUAAUUCUUCAGCCGCAUCCUGGACUCCUAAGGACCGCUCUGCAGCAGUGCUGGCAAGAAAAGAAGAGCUUGAACAGGCCUACCUGCAGGUCCUUCUCAACUUUGGAGUAAUAGCCAUGAUGCUGGUGGAAAAGGAACCCUGCAUGAUAGAAGCAAUGAGCUCAGCACUACGAGCUAACCUGAGAAAGAUUGGAGACUACUAUGAACGCCUGCUAAAGAACUACAUUGACAGCUUAACUGAAGCCAGCUGAGAAGACAUCGCAUUGCCAAAUCUACCUAAUGUAACUGGAGCAUUUUCUAAGUCAAUUAAGUUUUCUAUUCUUCAGGCCUGGAAUAAAGCGAUAACCUUGGAGAAGGCCUCCUUUUGGCAGCAGAGCUGAGAAACCACAUUCUCCUGCCAUAGCUACAGAGUGCAGAAGUGACAGCUAGCAGAUUUGAAAGCAUUAUUGUGAUAUCAAUCCAAGAACUUUGGAAGAGAAAAUUGGGAGGAGGGAAGCAAAAAAACUGUUAAAAAGUUGAGUGUGAUGCCUAAUGGAUUCUGAAUGGCUCAGGCAACUCAGAUCAGGCAGUAACUGGAAUAAGAAUAGAAUCUACUAGAUUUAUACUUUGAGUUACACGGAGACAUCACAUGUUAUUGGUAAUAGACAAAAAGUUCUUUUUUAGGGUAUUAAAAAUACGGUUGAGCAGUUUUGAAUGUUGGUCUUUGUGCAGAAGCAAGCUGGAGAAGAUCUCUCUGUUCUGUGAUGUUCCAGUAAUACUCAAGAGAAACCCUGGUAAAAAUAGCAUUUGCUCCUUUCAAAUCUAUGAAGUAGCAUUUUUAAAAAAAAAUAAAAUCAUUUUGAGACAACUUAUCUCUCAGAGAGCUGCCUUUGU